AUGGCCGACGACUUCGAGAAGGCGGUGUUCUACGCCUUUGCCCAGCCCGGCACUGCCCCCGCCGACGUGUCGGCCCGGGCCGGCGCCGCGCUGGAGGCCGCGCGCGCGGGUCCCCAGGCCUGGGCCCUCUGCCUGGCCCACCUUCGCUCCUCGGCCCACGCUGAGGUAAAAUUUUGGUGCCUGCAGACGCUGCACGGCCUUGUGGGCGAGCGGUACGGCGAGCUGGCCCCCGACCAGCGUGACGCGCUCAAGUCGGCGCUGGUGGGUACCGCGCUGGGCGACCCCGGCCUGGCCCCCUUCCUGCGCGCCAAGCUGGCGCAGGUGCUGGUGGGCGUGGCCUGCCGCGAGUUCCCCUCCGCCUGGCCCGCCUUCUUCCAGGACCUGAUCGCGACGCUGCCCGCUGGCCCCCCCGCCGCCGACCUCUUCUGCCGGGUGCUGGUCGCGGUGGACGAGGACGUGGUGUCGCUGGAGGUGCCGCGCUCGGCGGCCGAGGCGCGCGCCAGCAUGGCCUUCAAGGACGCCAUGCGCGACCUGGCGCUGCCCGACGUGGCGGCGGCGGCCACGCAGCUGCUGGCCGCCAGCCACGCGGCCGACCCGCCCGCCGCCGCCGCGCUGCUCCGUGCCCUGGCCCGCUACGUGCACUGGGUGGACAUUGGCCUGGUGGCCAACGAUCGCUUCGUCCCGCUGCUCUUCGGCGUGCUGGGAUCGCGGGACGAGGGCCUACGCGCCGCCGCAGCGGGCGUGCUGAUCGAGAUCGUGGGCAAGCGCAUGGAGGCCGAGCCCAAGCUGGCCCUCAUCCAGCAGCUGGGCGUGGUGCCGGAGGCCGCCAAGUGGGCUGAAGGCCUGCCGGGGGCCGAAGACGGCGACGCCGGGUUGCUGGCCUGCCUGGCGACCGAGAUCCUGGAGGCGGUCAAGAAGAUCGAGAACGCGGUGCUGUCGAUGGCGGCGGUGGGCCUGGCCGUGGACGACGAGGCGGGGCGCGAGGCGGAGGCCAGCGCGCGCGGCGCCUGCGCCCUGCUGGACGCACUGUUCCCCGCGCUGCUCCGCGCGCUGGGCGGCGGUGGGGAGGAGGUGGUGGCCGCCGUGCUCCCUUUCCUGCUGUCCUACGUAGGCUGGCGCCGGGCCGCCUACCUGCUGUGCCGGCUGACAAAGGCGCUGCGCGGGCCGCUGCGCGGCGCGGCGCAGGGUGUGCUGGCCGCGCUGGCGCCGCACCUGGCGGCCAUCGCAGCCUCGCCCGCGGCGGAGCUGCCGGGGCCGAAAGCCGCGCCGGGGAGGGGGCCGGGCGGCGCCGCGCUCACCGCCGUGGACGACAGGCUGUACGCCUUUGAGGCGGCUGGGCUGCUCCUGGGCCAGGAGGAGAUGGAGGCGGGGGUGGAGGCCGCCUGGCUGGCCGCCGUGCUGCAGCCCCUCACGCGGCAGAUCGAGGAGGCGCUGGGGGAGGGCCCGGGCCCGAGCAACGGCUCAGCUGCCCUGGUGCCACCAGCGCUCAUGGUGCAGCAGGCGCUGGAGGGCAUCACCCGCGUGGCCAAGGGAUUCUCCUUGCGCCUCUGCACCGAGCUGCGCCCCGCCCUGGGUGCUGAGUUCACGCGGGCUCUGCGCUGCGCCAUCCAGGUGCCGCGCCGGCUGCCCGGUCACCGCGCGCUGCGCGCGCGGCUGCUUUCCUUUCUCCACCGCAUGGUGGAGACGCUGGGGCCCGCCUCCCUGCCCUUCAUGCCCGAGGUGCUGCAGGCGUUGGUGCGCGAGGGAGCUGACGCCUGCGAGCUGGCCGACGCCCUGAUCCUCCUGAACCAGCUGAUGUCGCGGUUCCGGGACGGCAUGGCGCCCCUGAUUCGGGACAUCCUGCCGGUCCUGCUUUCUUGUGUGCAUGCCGUGCUGGGGCCCGACUGGGACUGGUCUGGUGCGGCUGUCCCCGGCUCGCCCCCCGCCGCGUCUGCCGAGACGGCCCGGGAAAAGGAGGAGCUGCAGCGCGCCUUCUUCGCCUGCCUGCUCUGCGUCGCCACGAUGGGCCUGGCGGACCAGCUGCUCGCGGCUGGGUCUGCCACACUGGACGGCGCGCUGGGGCCCCUCCUUCAGACCCUGCAUCGCCUGCUGAGCGUCUGGAUGGAGCCCAGCAAGGAGUCUGGCGCCGCCAUCACCACCUUUGCCGUCGAGAAGUUUGCUGGGGAGCUGGGCUGGCCGGCGGCGGCUUCCACCCAGCUCCUGCAGCUCAUCGCCGACGGCGACCAUAAGGUCCUACGCGAUUUCCUGAGGCAGGCGCUGCAGCAGCAGCCCCGGCCUGCGGCCGCCAAGCUGGACUGA